GCAGAGGGCCUGCACGGCGAGCCUCUGCGGCCUGGACAGGUGAACUCGGCCCAGGAGGGGGCGUUGCCGGGGAAGGGCCCCCUGCAGAGGCCGGCGCGGAACUCGGCCUCAGCCUGCCUGCAGCCAGGCUUCUGGACAGAUGAACCGGGGGAGAGUUUGCAAAAAACAAAGCAAAACAAACAAACAAAAAAACAACAACUGUGUUUCGUUUCAGGGCUCCUGAGCUCCGGGGCGGUUGUCGGCUGUUAGCGUUUGCUGGUUUAGCCCCCUCCCCCUUCCUUGAAAUUUAAAGUUUAUUCCUUUCUGUGGGUCUGGCUUGUUUGGCAGGUUUUCCUAGAGUGAAUGACAGACUGCAGGAACUGUUUUCUUCCGUGUUUAGAGGAAUUUUGUCCAUUUGCUUUGUUAUUUCCCUUUUCUCUGAAUUUUAAUUUCAUUCCUAGCCGGCGAUGCUAGCUAACGCUUCCUUCUUCCUUUUAUACUUAAGCAACGUUGCUAAUCCCAUCUGAUUGAGAAACUUCCAGGAGAAAGACAGAAGACCUAUCUGGUUGACUAUUUCCAAAAAAGGCAUCAAUUCUUCCAAUACUGUUUUUCCACCUGGAGCAAUAUUAAAGUGCAGACUUGUGGAAUAUUUAUGUCUUGUUUCAUGAACUGAACAUCUCUGAGACCCCAUGGGAUUGUCCUCUUUACUCUGUUAAUGCACAGCAGAGCAGGCGUUUUAAUCCCCUGGCUUCAUUUGCCUAUUGGGUGGCUCUGCUCAGGACUCCCCCACUCCUCACUUGGGAAUGCCCAGAGUGCACCAGGUCCCCUUGCUGGUCAGCUUCUGGUUGGCUCCAACCUGCUCUGACCUCAGGAGGGUGGGCGCACAGGCGGGAAGAGAAACCUCACAGCUGCCUUCCUCAUUGCAGGUGCCUUCUCCGAGUGGGGCGGCAGGGAGGGGACAUGGCCAGGAGGUUGCUGUCUGCCCAGGUGCAGGAUACAAAUGAAGGUGUCCUUUGAAUCCAGGACAGAAAACCAGCCUGAGUGGUGGUAUGUGGGGUGUGCAGGGGUCUGUGACAUUCAGGGACGUGGCCGUGUUCUUCAGCCAGGAUGAGUGGUUGCACCUGGACUCUGCCCAAAGAUGCUUGUACCGGGAGGUGAUGCUGGAGAACUACAGCAACCUGCUCUCACUCGGGAUCCUCUUUUCCAAGCCAAAGGUCAUCUCCCUAUUAGAGCAAGCAGACCACUGGCUGGUGAAAAAGGAAGUGCCUCGAGGCACCCGUCUAGGAUGGGAAAGUUUGUUUGCAACCACAGUUUCUGAGGAAAAAAAUCAGGAAGUCAUGAAAAAACUCACAAACGAUCCUUUUGACUUCAUGUUGAGAAACUCCUGUAUAAAUGACAACAGGUUUGAGAAACAACAAGGCAAAAAGAACACACUUUUCAGGAAAGCAUUAGUUACCGUCAAAAAAACCUACAUGAGGGAGAGGAACUUUAAAGGCACUGAGCUUGGGAAAAAUCUUGAUCUGAAAUCAUCACUUACUAGGAAGCCGGGCAUUGUUUCCAGGGGAAGGAAAGCCCGUUCCCAGCAGUACUCGAUCCUGUUUAAACAGCUAGGAGUUAACACAGUGCGUAAAUGCUACAAGUGUAACAUCUGCGGGAAGAUCUUCCUCCACAGCUCUUCCCUGAGUAAGCACCAGAGAAUCCAUACGGGAGAGAAGCUCUAUAAGUGUAAAGAAUGCAGGAAAGCCUUUAGCCAAAGCUCGUCCCUCACGCAGCACCUCCGAGUGCACACUGGGGAGAAGCCCUACAUCUGCCGCGAGUGCGGGAAAGCCUUCAGCUUCACCACUUCUCUCAUCGGACACCAGAGGAUGCAUACCGGAGAGAGGCCCUACAAGUGUGAGGAGUGUGGGAAGACAUUCAAGGGCAGUUCAUCCCUCAAUAACCACCAGCGAAUCCACACUGGAGAAAAGCCCUACAAGUGUAACGAGUGCGGGAGAGCCUUCAGCCAGUGCUCGUCUCUCAUCCAGCAUCAUAGAAUUCACACCGGAGAGAAACCAUACGAAUGCGGGCAGUGCGGGAAAGCCUUUACUUCCAUAUCCCGGCUCAGCAGACACCACCGCAUUCAUACAGGGGAGAAGCCCUUUCACUGUAAUGAGUGUGACAAAGUGUUCAGUUAUCACUCGGCCCUUAUUAUACAUCAGAGGACUCACACUGGAGAGAAACCGUAUGCCUGCAAAGAAUGUGGCAAAGCCUUCAGCCAAAGCUCAGCACUUAUCCAGCAUCAAAGGAUUCACACUGGAGAAAAACCCUACAAGUGCAACGAGUGUGGGAAAGCCUUCUCCUGGAUUUCACGGCUUAAUAUCCAUCACAGAAUUCACACUGGAGAGAAACCAUAUAGUUGCAAAGAAUGUGGGAAAGCUUUCAGUUCCCACUCAGCAGUUAACACUCAUCGGAAAAUUCAUACCGGCGAGAAACCUUACAAAUGUAAUGACUGUGAAAAAGCCUUCAACCAAAGCUCGGCUCUAAUUCAGCACCAGAGAAUCCACACGGGAGAGAAACCCUUUCACUGUGAAGUGUGCGGGAAGGCCUUCAGACAGAGUUCCUCCCUUAUGACACACCUGCGAAUUCACACGGGAGAAAAGCCUUACAAGUGCAAAGAAUGUGGGAAAGCAUUUAGCCAGAGCUCGUCUCUCACCAAUCACCAGAGGACCCACACUCGAGAAGAGCUGUGAGCAAAACGCAUGUGGGACUCUUCCAACCGAAAUGCAUUCCACACCAGACAUCCAGGACACCCUGGGAAGAAGUGGUGCGGACUAGUUGACUGGAGGUAAAACUUCAGGAGUGAGGCCUCUCAGACAUCAGAGAUUCCGUGAGGAAUGUUCGAAAAGUUUCUGGACAGUGUUUUGUUGGGUGUGCUUACAAUGUCGCUGACUACAAAAUCAAGAAUAUGGAAGACUGAAGGUUUAGUAUUUCUUUUUUAGAGAUGUAUGGUAAUAGCCCCAGCAUUCACAAGCAUUGAUAGAAAGCUGUUGAUGUAUGUAAAAGUCCAGGCUGCAGAUAAAUCCAGGAAUUGAUUUUUAAAACUGCAUUUAAGUAUUAUGCAAGCCAAUUGUACUAGAAAGAAUGCUUUUGGAAAAGAAUUGUACACAGAUGACCUGUAGCUACCUCACUGUCACUACAAAAAGACAAUAUUUUUUAUUGAUCUGAAAGUAGAUUCUGUACUUGGUGUUUGUUAAAAUGUUAGCAUUGCUUCUCUGCUUUCUAAGCCCAUUCACUAUAGAAGAGAAUCACUCUGUUGCUAUGCAGGGAUUCUGUUUUUCGAUUUUUCUUCUUGGCUACUUGUUCCAAAGUCUAAAGUCAUUGUAUUUUUAAAUCACAAAGUGCAUGGCAUUUUUUUCACUUGUCUUUAUGAGGAAGGGAUUGCCUUUGCUGCAUUAAACUGCGAAGUAAAGAUUAU